AUUAGAGUUACCUCCCAUAAACAAUGGCAAUGGCAGCAACUGGAACUGACGAUCUAGAAAAUGAACUCGUAAGAUCGUAUUUGACGUUGGAAGCUAUUGACACUAAUAUCUUCAGGGCUUCACCAGUGAAUCUUUGGCGCCCCCUUGCUGGAAGAUUUGUUUAUGGAGGACAGGUAAUUGGUCAGGCACUGAUAGCAGCCUGUCGUACUGUCAAAGAAGAACAGCAUAUUCACAGCUUACAUUGUUAUUUCUUAAUUGGAGGAAAUGCCAAGAAACAUAUCCUAUACCAUGUAGAUAGAACUAGAGAUGGGUCUACAUAUAGUUCUAGAGCAAUCAAAGCUACACAGGAUAGUGUACCAAUAUUUACCAUGCAAGCUUCAUUUAAGAUGGAGGAAUCUGAUCCAUUAAAACAUCAGUAUGUCAUGCCUGUAGUCCCAGGACCAGAAGAAUUAGUAGAAAGCUAUGAUUUCUUACAAUCACAGUUAGAAAAUGAGGAGACAACUAAAGAAAGUAGAGACUUUAUCAAGAGGAUAUUAGAAAGAAAAAUGCACAUAGAGAGACGACCAGUGGACCCUCAUCUUUACCAUGGUUUGACCCAGGGAGAACCCAGAAGAUACAUAUGGGUGAAAGCUAGUGGUCACAUUGGACCAGACAUUAAAUUACAGCAGUGUAUAGCAGGAUUUAUGUGUGAUAUGUUAUUGUUGGGUGCAGCUUUACAGCCUGCUGUACCAGGGACCAAAGUAGGCUACAUGGCAUCAUUAGAUCAUAGCAUGUGGUUCCAUAAUCCCUUCAGGGCAGAUGAAUGGAUGUUGUACGAGAUCGAAUGUCCACAGUGUGGAUCAGGGAAAGCUUUAUGUACAGGAAGGAUGUGGAGACAGGAUGGUGUAUUAGCUGUGUCAAUGGCCCAGGAAGGUGUUGUUAGAUCUGCUCUGUGAUAAAGUCCUCACUUACACUCAACAUUUAUCUUGCUUAAAUUAUGAAAGUCAAGAGUUAUAAGGCAAUAUCAGAUAUGAAACUUGUGUCAUUUU